AUGGACAUUUAUCAUGCUGAUGCCUUAUUCCGGAAUUGCCGAUGUCAUCACGAGGUGGAAUCAAAAAUGGCCGGCAUCAAAGAAAAUAUGUUGGAAGCACAUUUGGAAGUGAAGAACCAGCUGAUCCGAAACCUAGAGGAUAUAAUUGAUGAACAGGAAGCCCGAAUCCGUAAUAUGGAUGAUUUUAUUAAUGGUUAA